AAAGGAACGGUUUAAAAGUAGCCUUGUCAGAAGUCGAGCAGAGAAACCAACACCAGGACAGCUGGAAACUCUACUCCUGUGUGGGACCGUGCUGUCAGCAUGAUGGAGAAGUCCUCGCUGAACGGCACUGAGGACAGAUCCUGGCUGGGGGAGGGUCAGUCUGAAACCCAGCUUACAACCAUCCCUGGUGCUGACGGAGCUGAGACAAACGACGACGACCGGCCGGCAUGGGACUCCAAGAUCCAGUACGUGUUGGCCCAGGUGGGGUUCAGCGUGGGCUUAGGCAACGUGUGGAGGUUUCCAUAUCUGUGCCAUCAAAACGGAGGAGGGGCCUUCAUGCUGCUGUAUGUUUUCCUUUUACUGAUUGUGGGAGUUCCCCUGUUUUUCAUGGAGCUGGCUGCAGGCCAAAGCAUCCGACAGGGCAGCAUCGGAGUGUGGAAGCACAUCUCCCCAAAGCUGGCGGGGAUCGGCUACUCCAGCUGCAUGGUCUGUUUUUACGUGGCUCUUUACUACAAUGUCAUCAUUGCAUGGAGCCUCUUCUACAUGGGGAAUUCUUUUCAGUAUCCUUUGCCGUGGCAGCAUUGCCCAACCGAUGUGACCACCAAUGAAACAGUGAAAGAAUGCGCAAGUAGCUCCCCGACGUCGUAUUUCUGGUUUCGGAAAGCUCUCAACAUCACAAACUCCAUUGAAGAAUCUGGAGAGUUUAACGGCAUCAUGACGGGCUGUUUAUUGGCUGCUUGGGCGAUCGUCUCGUUGGCCAUGAUCAAGGGCAUCAAGUCAUCUGCAAAAGUGAUGUACUUUUCCUCCGUUUUUCCCUAUGUGGUCCUUUUUAUUUUUCUGAUCAGAGGGUUGAUGUUGGACGGAGCCAUGGAGGGAGUCACCUACAUGUUUUAUCCAAAACUGGAGAUCUGGGGUAAUGUGCAGGUGUGGCGGCAGGCUGCCACUCAGGUGUUUUUUGCCCUCGGUCUGGGCUACGGCUCCGUUAUCGCGUAUUCCUCCUACAACCCAGUCCACAACAACUGCCACAGGGACGCGCUGAUGGUCUCUGCCAUCAACUUCAUGACGUCUGUGCUGGCAUCGCUGGUGGUGUUCGUUGUGCUGGGUUUCCGUGCUAAGAACAUCGCACUGCGCUGUGUGGCUAAGAAUCUCGGUCUAUUAAACCUCGUGGCGUCCAAUGGAUCCAACCAGCACUGGUGGCCUUGGUUCAACAUGACCAAUCCAGACUCUGUGUCUAUUCCUGAAUACAGAGAGUGGUACAGUCACUACGGCUCCAUGGUGGGUCCUAAAAUCACUGACUGCAGCCUGGAGGAGGAGAUGAAUAAGGGUGUCGAGGGGACCGGCCUGGCAUUCAUAGCGUUCACUGAGGUGAUGGCGCUCUUCCCGGCCAGCCCCUUCUGGUCCACGCUGUUCUUCCUAAUGCUGCUCAACCUGGGACUCAGCACCAUGUUCGGGACCAUGCAGGGAAUCCUCACACCUCUCAUGGACAAUUUUAGCCUCUUGGGACGCCACAGGACCCUCCUCACUGUGUCCAGCUGUGCUCUGGGUUUCGUGAUAGGAUUAUUGUUCACCCAGCGCUCCGGAAACUAUUUUGUGGCCAUGUUUGAUGACUACUCUGCAACCUUACCGUUAGUCAUCGUGGUCAUUUUUGAAACCAUCAGCGUGGCGUGGGUUUACGGCACAGAUCGCUUCCUAGACGACAUCGAAGUCAUGCUCAAAUGGCGCCCUCCAGUGGUGUACAAGUAUCUGUGGAAAUAUGUUUGCUUAUUGGCCAUGAUCAGUCUUCUGGCCGCCAGUUUGUUGCGUAUGGUCUUCAAAGGACCCACGUACACCGCCUGGAAUCAAAGCACAGCCUCUGAGAUGACCCUCGAGUACCCCGGCUGGGCCCUGGCCAUGAUCGUCAUGCUCAUAGUGGUCGCCAGCCUGCCUGUGCCUAUUGGCUACAUCCAUUCCAGGUUGAAGAACCGCAGGGUCCGUAACGCUCCGUCCCAGGAGGGCGGCGGCCAGGAGAUGCACCGUGAGCUGUACACCAAGUGCAGCUCCACGGACCAGCUGGACUCCAACACGCACCGAGUCCCUUCCGAGGAAGAAGGGGUCCACCCCAGACCGGCCUUCCUGCUGAUGGGCAGCGAACACUACCGGCUCCUGCCCCAGCAGGAGGAGGAGGAGGAGGAGGAUGAGGAGGAGCAGGAUACUGGGCUGUGAGCAUGCGGUUUGUGAAAAGACAAAAUGUUGAACCUCUGAGCAUGCGAGAAGGACGCGUCAUUAACAGCAUUAUUCUUUAUCAGAGAAAAAGUCUUUGGGUUGUUUUCUAUCUUUAUAUCCUGUAAACUGUUGACAAGCCAAAGCUAUUUUAACUAUUUAUACCGUUGAUGGUGCAUUACCAGUCAAAAGCAUCUCCCCUACAUUCGUUUUCUGAACCACUGAUGCGGUUCAGAUGAUUAAAAACUCUCUCAAAGACACAAAAAAGGAAAACGGCUGCAGAAUUUGGUGAUAAUUUGUGGAAGGUUUGUGCAGCCCGACCUCUUGCGGGAGUCACAACUGAAUCAUGGAACGCAGCAACUGACAAAAUAUGCUUCGUGAUGAGUAUUUUUUAGCGACGUGACAAGUAUGGAUCUGCAUGAAAACAUUCUACCUGGAGAAACUGAGAUGUGUUUGCACAUCUGUCUCUGUGUGCGUGACUGAGAGAGUGAGUGUGUGUUGGGUGAGAUGAGAAGUUAGUCGGUUAUUUUAUAUUUGUAUAAAUUUACCUCAAAAGACCACAGCAAUGUUUUUACAUGUGUUCACACAAAAUGCUCAGUGUAGCAGUGUUGUACUGUAACUAGAUGGCAACUUAAAUAAAACCUCUAGAUGGCAGCAAA